AUGAUCAAAGCUGCCAAGUGGGCGCGCACCAACAACAUUCCCUACCUGGACGCAAAUAGCGAGGAAUUUGACGAGCAUCACUCAACCCCGGCAAUCGUCUACAUGCCUGAAAUCAACAAGGAAAAGAUGGGUGGGACAAUGCGAUUGGGCAAGCGACCCACCAUCUUCCAGCCUGACACAGAAUGGUCCCGUCUUCGAAAGUUAUACGGCGACACCCCCGCCAUCUGGGAGCGGCACCGUCAUCGCUACGAGGUCAAUCCCAAGAUAGUGGAGGUACUAGAGAAGGCCGGGCUGACGUUUGUCGGCAAGGAUGAGAAAGGCGAGCGGAUGGAAAUCAUCGAGCUCAAGGAGCACAAAUGGUAUGUUGGCGUGCAGUUUCACCCAGAGUAUCUCUCUCGCGUGCUUGCGCCUAGCAAGACGUUCCUCGGUUUCUUUUCUGCCGCUGCAGGUUGUCUUGAAGAGAUCACCGAGUCGUACAAGGAUCGCCAUGACCUUAGCCGCCAGGAAAUGGACCCUGGUUUGAUUCCAGUGCGGUAG